AAGGCAAAAAAUGUAAUUUACGACCUAGGGUUUUCCUCUCUCAGCCUCCCCUCAUAUAUAGCCGCUGCGAAAACCCUAAAAUCCCUCCUCCAUCGCCCCCACCCACAAUCGCGCCGAGAGGUAGAGAGAGAGAACUCUGCAGAAAUGGUGACUUACAGGUUCCAUCAGUACCAGGUCGUGGGGAGGGCUCUCCCUUCGGAGACCGAUGAGCACCCCAAGAUCUACCGCAUGAAGCUCUGGGCUACCAACGAGGUUCGAGCCAAGUCCAAGUUUUGGUACUUUCUGAGGAAGCUUAAGAAGGUGAAGAAGAGCAAUGGUCAAAUGCUCGCCAUUAAUGAGAUUUUUGAGAAGAACCCAACAAAGAUCAAGAACUAUGGUAUCUGGCUGAGGUAUCAAAGUCGAACUGGUUAUCACAACAUGUACAAGGAGUACCGUGAUACUACUCUGAAUGGUGCUGUUGAGCACAUGUACACUGAGAUGGCUUCGCGCCACAGGGUCCGUAGCCAUUGCAUCCAAAUCAUUAAGACGGCAACAGUCCCGGCUAAACUUUGCAAGAGGGAGAGUACUAAGCAGUUCCACAACUCCAAAAUCAAGUUUCCAUUGGUGUUGAAGAAAAUCAGGCCACCAAGCAGGAAAUUGAAGACUACCUACAAGGCAUCUAGGCCGAACCUGUUUAUGUAAGUCUGUUUGAUUAUUUGUUGGAGAAGUGCUAUAAGCAGGGGUAAGUCUGAAUCUGAUUUCUGAAACUUUGUUAUUGAAGUGAGGGAUUAGCUGUUGUCAUAUCGUGGUUUUUGGAUAAUUUUUUGGGCUUUUGAGAAUUUAAGAAUAUCAGACAUUUGGUAGAUCUCUAUUGGGAUCUUUGGAAUUCUCUAGCAGACUAGUAGUUAUAGUAAUUGAUUGAGAUUUUCAUCUCAACUUCCCUA